CGCCGAGGAAGCGCGCACGGCGGCGGCGCCCGCAGCGGCCAUCUCGGGCGCGGGCGAGUCGCCCCGCUCGGCAUCCAUGGAGUUACUCCGCGGCCGCGGCUGAGGGCAGCGCGUGUCCGCCCCCCCCGCACCCCCCCGCCCGGGGCCCGGCAAUGACACCGGAUUGAGCCGGGCCCGGGGCGCCCAGCAGCGGGGCGGCUGCGGAGCAUCCCCCGCCCCCUGCGCCGGCCUCCCCUCCCGCAGCCCCGCAGACCGGCGCAACUCCCGCAGGACGCGCUCGCGGCGAAGAUGGAAGAAAAACGACGGAAGUACUCGAUCAGCAGUGAUAACUCGGACACCACCGACAGUCACACCACGUCCGCGUCGAGAUGCUCCAAAAUCCCGAAUACCAAAUCCAACUGGUCGAGGCAGAAGGAGAAGAAGCCCUCUGAGGUCUUCCGCACUGAUCUGAUCACGGCCAUGAAGAUCCCCGACUCGUUCCAGCUGAGCCCGGAUGAGUACUACGUUCUCGCGGAUCCCUGGAGGCAGGAGUGGGAGAAAGGAGUGCAGGUGCCGGCGAGCGCCGAGGCGAUCCCGGAGCCCGUGGUUCGGAUCAUACCCCAGCUGGAGAACUCGCCUUCACAGGUUUCGCCGAGUAGCCCGCCUGUCUGUGAGAUUUCAGAAGCAACUAGGACCUACUUGCAAGGUGUGAGCCGCUAUGACUUGGACGAGCUUGAUGCUUGCUGGCUGGAACUUGUUAAUAUGGAGCUCAAGGAGAUGGAGAAGCCGGAGCUGGACGAGAUGACCCUGGAGAGAGUGCUGGAGGAGCUGGAGACCAUGUGCUACGAGAACAUGAACAUCGCCAUCGAGACGGAGGAGGGCCUCGGCAUCGAGUACGACGAGGACGUGGUGUGCGACGUGUGCCGCUCCCCGGAGGGCGAGGACGGCAACGAGAUGGUCUUCUGCGACAAGUGCAACGUCUGCGUGCACCAGGCCUGCUACGGCAUCCUGAAGGUCCCCAUCGGGAGCUGGCUGUGCCGGACCUGCGCCCUGGGCGUCCAGCCGAAGUGUCUGCUGUGCCCCAAGAGAGGGGGAGCCCUCAAGCCCACCCGCAGCGGGACGAAGUGGGUCCACGUUAGCUGUGCCUUAUGGAUACCUGAAGUUAGCAUUGGAUGUCCUGAAAAGAUGGAACCCAUAACGAAGAUCUCCCAUAUCCCGGCGAGCAGGUGGGCCCUGUCCUGCAGUCUCUGCAAGGAGUGCACCGGGACGUGUAUCCAGUGCUCCAUGCCCGCCUGCGUCACGGCGUUCCACGUCACCUGCGCCUUCGACCACAACCUCGACAUGCGGACUAUUUUAGCGGACAAUGACGAAGUGAAGUUCAAGUCCUUCUGCCUCGAGCACAGCACCGGCGCCACCAAACUCCCGGAGGAGGCACGGACAGAGCCCGACCAAGCCCAGCUGGACUUGGAGAAGGUCACGCUGCGGAAGCAGAAGCUCCAGCAGCUGGAGGAGGACUUCUAUGAACUCGUGAAGCCUUCGGAGGUGGCAGAGAACCUUGACUUAAGCGAAUCGCUGGUGGAUUUUGUCUAUCAGUACUGGAAGCUGAAGAGGAAAGCAAACUCCAACAAGCCGCUGCUGACACCAAAAACAGAUGAAGUGGACAACCUGGCCCAGCAAGAGCAGGACGUUCUCUACCGGCGUUUGAAGCUCUUCACGCACCUCAGGCAAGACCUGGAGAGGGUUAGAAAUCUCUGUUACAUGGUGACAAGACGGGAGAAAAUGAAGCACACCAUUUGUAAACUUCAGGAGCAGAUCUUCCAUCUCCAGAUGAAGCUUAUUGAGAACGAUCUUUACCCAGAACAAACUGGGAAGAAGACAAAGGGUAAGAAAAGUGACCCCAGAAGGAAAGGAAGAGAUGGUAGAAAAAAUAGCCCCGAGAAGACGGAGAAAAGGAAAUCGGUCAACGAAACCGUGUUGGGACAACUGGGCCUGGCGACUUCCUUCCCCAUAGACGGGACCUUCUUCAACAGCUGGCUAGCCCAGUCGGUGCAGAUCACGGCCGAGAACGUGACGAUGAGCGAGUGGUCGCUGAACAACGCCCACCACGAGGACAACACGCCGGGCCUCUCCGAGGAGCUCCUGCAGGACGAGGAGACCUUGCUGAGCUUCAUGAUGGACCAUUCCCUGAGGUCUCCCUUCAAGCAGAGCGAGGCCACAAAGAAAGUGAAAAGCAAAACGAGAACGAACACUAAGAAAAAACUGUCCAAAAACAGCCUGAACGCAAUCGUCAAGGGUCACCAGGAGGCUCCGGAGCAGUGGACUAACAACGCGAGCGAGCUGUCGGACGACGCGGCGAAGCCCUUCGUUCGCGACGCGAGGGCGAGCAGGUCGGAGAAGGGAGCGGCCAAGCCUCCCGCGGACCGCAGGGGGACGAGCGACGCAAGGAGGGCGGCCAAGAAGGGGGCUGCCCCCAAAGCCACCGACUCGCCCGCCUCUUCCGGCGCCAGGAGCUCGGUGAGCAACGAGGAGGAGACGGCGAGCGGCCCCCAGCCUGAGCCCAGCCCCGUGGUUCAAGUGCCUGACUCAGUAGGUAGCCCGAAAACCGUAGUGAGGUUCAAAUUACCAAAGGAGAGCCGAGGGACUCGCAGGUCCCAGCCGCCGAAGCCGCCGGAGGCCGCGACGGGGCCCCCCGCCGGCGAGCGGCCCCAGGCCGUCUUGCGCCGUUUCGACGCCGAGACGGACGGCUACUUCUCGGACGCCGAGAUGAGCGACUCGGACGUGGAGCCGCGCGGCGGCCGGGCGCCGCGCGGCCAGCUGGAUCCGGCGGGCGAGGAUAUCGUCCGAAUGAGCAUCUUGGCGUCCUAACGCGGCGAGGCGGCGACGGCGUGGUGAGGCCUCAACCCAGUGACAACUGCCAUGUCCACUUUCUGCCUGGUAUCACAAACGAGGGGGAUUUUUAAUGUGUAUAUAUAGUUUCAGAUUCAGCACUGUCGUCUUUCUCUUCUCUAUAUGCCUGAGAUGCAGCUUGAGCUUCACCGACAUCGAUUACUGUGACUGUAGCUGUCCCCUCCUAGUCCCCUUGCACGUCCCCCGGGAGAGGCGCGGGAGCGGGCGCGCGGGAGCGGAGCGGGCACGCGGGAACGUGCGUGGGAGCGGGCGCGCGGGAGUGGAGCGGGCGCGCGGGAAAGUGCCUGUGAGCGGGCGCGCAGGAGCGGAGCGGGUGCGCCGGAGCAGAACAGCCGUGCGGGAAUGUGCCUGGGAGCAGCGCACGGGAGCGGAGCGGGCGCGCGGGAACGUGCACGGGAGCAGGCGCACAGGAGCAGAGCGAGUGCGUGGGAACGUGCGUGGGAGCGGGCCCGCGGGAGCGGAGCGGGUGCGUGGGAACACGCACAGGAGCGGGCGUGUGGGAGCAGAGCGGACGUGCAGGAACGUGCGUUGGAGCGGGCGCGCGGGAGCGGAGCGGGCGUGCGGGAACGUGCGUGGGAGCGGGCGCACGGGAGCAGAGCGGGCACGCGGGAACGUGCGUGGGAGUGGGCACGCGGGAGCAGAGUGGGCGCACGGGAGCGGAGCGGGCGCGCGGGAACGUGCAUGGGAGCGGGCGCGCGGGAGCAGAGUGGGCGCACGGGAGCGGAGCGGGCGCGCGGGAACGUGCGUGGGAACAGGUGCGCGGGAACGAGCGCAGGAGCCGCCGCGGCCCUCGUUCCCGCAGCGCUCGCUCUCCCCCGGGCAUCGCCUGCAGCCGGGCGGGCGCGAGGCGGGAGGAGGGCGAACGGGCGACGCUGAAACGAGUAACGAAUAAAGCACAACCGAGCCGGUCGGGGGAGAGCGCGCGGGGCGGCGGCGAGCGGCGUUAGCUUUUCGCUUUUUAGAUUUAUUAUCCCCCCCCAACGACCGCCACCUUUGCGGUGGGAUCGGGAUCCGUCCGGGGGCCGAGAGCGCGGUGGCGGCGUGGGAGCAGGAAGGGCUUUCCCGAGCCGCGCGCCCUCCCCGUCCUCCUGCCCGGCGGCCGGAGGCUCGGCAGCGCGCUGCGGAUCCCGGCGGUCGCCGGAGCCCCGGGGGAGACGGACUUGGCUCGCUCAGGUUCACUGGUUAGCUUUUACCGAGGCCAAAACGGGAGCGGGGAGAAGGAGGGAGGAGAAAAGAUUCCUUAAACCCCGCCGCCGCCGCCGCCGCCGCUGCCGGAGGGUCUCGAUCGCCGCAGCCCCGCGGGGUGGAGCGGCGCCGGCGCGCGUCUCCCGCGGCCGGAGGGUCCCGGGGUGCCGGUGCCCGGGCUCGGCGCCGGCCCCGGGGCGAAACCUGCCCUCGCGGGGAGGAGACGGAAGCGGUCGCCUUUGCCGUUCCGUUUUCCUCCUAAACGCUACUAUGGCAAUGAUGAAUUUAUUCCUCCCUAUCCUUUCUUUUUUUAAUUAUUAUUAUUAUUCCUUAAAUCCUGGUUACAAGCUGUUGACUCGUUGUGGGAGGGUGAUUCACAGAAGCUGACAUUAUAAAUAUUACAAUAAUUUAAUGCAUAAAAUGUCCCCAAUAAGCCUUAAAUGUUGUUUAAAAGCCCGUGUUACCUAUGAGUCAGGCGAAUUUCCAUGUUUGCACUUAAUUGCACCAUUACUUCGGUUUUGGCUUCAAAGGUCACAGUUAAGUCGUGCUACGUGUUUUAUCGGAGUGACCCCAGUGUGAGCUCAGGGAACAAAAAAAAAAAAGGAAUUCACUGAAACUUUUGUUGUUGUUGUUUUUUUAAAAGAAAAAUGUAAAAAAUAUAAAAAGAAAAAAAAAAAGAAACCUGGGACACUUCUGCAACUGGUUAAACCCAUCACUUUAAACAGGAAAAACCCUUGCAGCCGUCAAACAAAUCAGUCAGACAGUCUUGUGGAUGCCAAAGAAUAUUUUGACAGUAAAGCAGCACAGCCAGAAACCGGAAACUUGUCAUUACACGAAAGUGGAAGUUAUUCAGCAACCAAGGACUCAAGCCACAUCCAUAACCCGCUGCCGCGGCUUUCGGUUCGAGCUUGCGCGGGGGGACGCGGCCGGCGCCGCGGCUGCGUCCUGCCCUUUUGAUUUCCGAGGCUUUUUGCUCAUCCCACUGUGAGCUUGCUUUUGAAACUCUGAGACUCCUUCGAUGAUUGACUUGUCUUGGUGUUUUAGAGUAGGUCAUCUUUAUCAGCCUUCAAAAGUCCUUAUUAUCGAGAGAAAAACAAAACAAAAAAAAAACAAAACAAAAAAAAACAGGAAUUGCAGCAAAGCAGACCGGCGGCAGCCUCGCCGGUGCCCGGGUCGCCCCAGCGCCGCGGCGAACUGCGACUGAACAUGCCGGAGAAUCGUCCUCGUGCGGGGAAAAAAACGAUGCACACGUUGUUAGCGACCACGCAGAAAAAAAAAAAAAAAGGAAAGAAAAAAAGAACAGCAAAACGGGAACCACCUUCGAUACAAAUUAGCACGAUCCCUUGAGGAUGGAAGUGAAAAAUCUGCUGGUUAAUUGAGGCUCGGUAUGUUCAGAUAAUGUUAAAUACAGUAAAUAGGACUUAGUUUAUCUUAUCAGGCUUGCUAGCUUUAGCUACAGUAUCCUAGUAUAAGAGUCAUAACAAUAAUCAAUAUGCUGCCUUUUAAUGAAUCUUGCUUCCGUGUGCUUCACUCAGUUAUGGUUAAAAAAAAACUACAGCACUCCACAACUCGCACUGUGCACAGCUUCGUCCACCCGCUUCGGCGCUGCUCGUCUGCUCAGUACAGGAAAGCAAAGCCGGGGCGCCCGAAAGAGCAACCAAACUCCGCCGCGCCGCCCGCCGCCCCCCAAAAAACCGGCGCCCAAAAGAAAAAAAAUUUAUAUAUAUAUAUAUAUAUAUAUAUAUAUAUAUAUAUAUAUAUAUAUAUACACACACACACACAGGCGGCGUUUCGCACGCGGCGGGCAGUGCGGUUUGCCAUCCGGGCACGGCGGGGGCAAGGGGGAGAAAACGCACAAGGGGGAGUUAUUUUUUAUGUUUAUUUUUUUUAUUUUUUUUGGAUGCAUUUUGAAAUGGAUAGAGACCCAGCGGCUUAUUUUGUUAGCGAACCGCCGUCUUCGAAGACGGCGUCGGCUGCAGGAAGCGACGUUUGCACUGCCGAAGCGCCCGAUCCCCGGCGGCUGCCGCGGCGCUUUGGUUGCUCUUGGCGGAAACCCCCUGCCGUUUGCUCCGUUCCACACACCAACCGGACCCGCUUCACGUCAGUUUUACAGGAAACGAUAUGAAUGUCGCAGGAGGAGGAAACCCUUCUGUUUUCUUUGUUUCAAAGAACGUGAUGUGCCAUUUGUUAAUAUAAAAGAGAAAUAUUGAAAAUAUAUUGAAAAGAGCAAUUUUAAAUUAUUUUUGGCUUAUGUUGCAAUAUUUAUUUUCUUGUAUUAGAAAUUCCUUUGUAGAGAAAAAAAAUGUAUUUUUCAUUAAUGCAAAAACCUAUUUCUCCUUUUUGUACAUUUUCCAUGUUAGUUAAUCCUUAAAGCAAUAUAAUGUUAUCAAACUUGUUCUCCGUGGGACUGUAUUAUGCAUGCUACUUGUGUUGCCUUGGACUAGCUCUGUCUGCCAUUAUUUUCAUCAUGUUUAGAUACAGUGUAUGCUUUAAUACACAUUGGGACCAUGGCCCAUUGCUUACGGGGGGGGGGGGAAAAAAAAGAAAAGAAAAACCCCUUUGCAUUCCUCAGUGUGUUGGCAAAUGCAGUCAAUAAAGCAGUGUUUUCUGUG